GCGGCCCCCCCGCCCCCUCCUCUGGGGGUGGGCGGGACUCAAGAGUCUGCCGGCUGCCAGCUACCUGCUUCGGCCUAGAGGCCCCAGCCGCGACCCUUGGAAGGGAGAGUGGGCACCCGCCACGCGGACAUGAGGCGGAGACGGCUGUGCCUGCGCCGGGACGCGUCGCUCACGCUGCUCCUCGGCACCGCCCUCGGCCUCCUGCUCUAUACACAGCGCGACGGUGCGGCCCCGACGACUACCGCGCCUAGAACGCGGGGCAGGGCGGCACCGGGGCCCACGGCCCCGCUACGCACGUUUCAGGUACCAGACGCAGUCGCAACCCCACCUGCCUACGAAGGGGACACGCCGGCACCGCCUACGCCCACGGGACCCUUUGACUUCGGUCGUUACCUGAGAGCCAAGGACCAGCGACGCUUCCCGCUGCUCAUUAACCAGCCGCACAAGUGCCGCGGCGACGGCGCACCCGGUGGUCAACCGGACUUGCUCAUCGCCGUGAAGUCGGUGGCGGCUGACUUCGAGCGGCGCCAAGCGGUGCGCCAGACGUGGGGCGCUGAGGGUCGCGUGCAGGGGGCGCUCGUGCGCCGUGUGUUCUUGCUGGGCAUGCCCAAGGGAGCAGGCACAGACGGUGCAGAUGGUGCGGGCACGAGAACGCGCUGGCGAGCUCUGCUUCGUGCAGAGAGUCGCGCAUACGCGGACAUCCUGCUGUGGGCCUUCGACGACACGUUUUUCAACCUAACACUCAAGGAAAUCCACUUUCUGGCCUGGGCUUCAGCCUUCUGCCCCGAUGUGCGCUUCGUUUUUAAGGGCGACGCUGAUGUGUUCGUGCACGUGGGGAACCUGCUGGAGUUCUUGGCGCCGCGGGAUCCCGCGCAGGACUUGCUUGCGGGCGAUGUGAUUGUGCAGGCCCGGCCAAUCCGCGCGCGAGCCAGCAAGUACUACAUUCCUGAGGCUGUGUACGGUCUGCCCGCCUAUCCGGCCUACGCUGGAGGCGGUGGCUUUGUGCUUUCAGGGGCCACCCUUCGUCACCUGGCCGGCGCCUGUGCACAGGUUGAGCUCUUCCCCAUCGACGAUGUCUUUCUAGGCAUGUGUCUGCAGCGCCUGCGACUCACACCUGAGCCUCACCCAGCUUUCCGCACAUUUGGCAUUGCCCAGCCUUCAGCUGCGCCUCAUCUGCACACCUUUGACCCCUGUUUCUACCGCGAGCUGGUUGUAGUGCAUGGGCUCUCAGCGGCUGACAUCUGGCUUAUGUGGCGCCUGCUGCACGGGCCAGCCAGGCCAUCCUGUGCACAUCCACAGCCGGUUGCUGCAGGCCCCUUUCAAUGGGAGUCGUAGCUACCCAUCAAGACCCCAAGCUCCUGUUCACUCACACCCAGGAUGCAAUGGAAGCAAGCGUGAAGGGGUUUCCCAGGCAGAUUAUUACAGUGUGUGUGGUUCUCCAGAUCACCUGGCCUCUGCCUCUACAGGGCCCAAGGGAAUGGAGGUUGAGCUUGGCUCCAGAUGUCUAACCCUCUCCAGAGCUGGUCUGGAACCAGUCUAAUGGUGACCCUUUGAGACAGCAAGGGCUGAAGUGGUAGACCGUCUCUUGUCCAACAUGCCCCAAAGUAGUGGACAUGUUUGGUUCUCUUAGUAGCAAACAGGUAUGUGGAGCUUGCGUGGACCCAUGGGAUCCUAGGAUGACUCAACCAUGCAGACCUCCUUAAGGCCCACAGGAUAUGUGUGUGUGCGCGCGUACGUGUGCACAUGCACGUGCUGGCCUCAGCCUUAGUGCAUCUGGCAGCCAUUCUGACACAACUUAUUUGAAGACAUUUUGCUUCCCACCUAUCCCCUCAAAUUCGAUUUUCAGCCCCAUCCAGGUGUUGAGAUCUUGUCCUGUGAGGUCUGCUUUCCUACAGCUAAGCCUUCUUGGGCCCAACUCUGGCUGAACACUGAAGAAGGAGUCGUAUACAGGACAACUGGGUACACGGUCUAGCUAAAGGCUUUUCCCACCUCUUACACUUCACCCAACUACGCCGUUCCCCUACUGGAGGCUAUACUGUCCCCUUCAGAGGAGCCAAGCAACCUCUUCUUCCAAGAUUCUUCCAUUGUAAAUCUUCCCAUAAUCUUCAACCACCCUCAAAAGAUCAACACCCCUUAUUUUAGUACAAAUAUCCCAGCACCAGCAUGUAGCGGGCUGCUGCUGAGGGAAUAAUUUUAUUGUAGAGGGGAUGCGGGCAGGGGAUGAGGAACCUUCCCUCAUUCCUGGAGGAGAGGAACAGUCCUGGCUGCCCCUGACAGUGGGAUGUGCAGGGGUCUCCGGCCAGGCUAAAUGGGAAGACACCAAUCAGUCACAAAGUCAUGAGAGCGCCACACAAGCCUGACUGUAGGUCCAGGAACUAUAGAGGAGCCUGGGGCAGGUCCCCUUGCACAUUCAUCAUUAAACUAUACAGGAUGAGGCUGUACAUGAGUUAAUUACAAAAAAGUCAUAUUUACAAAAAUCUGUACACACAUUUGAAAAACUCACAAAAUUGUCAUCUAUGUAUCACAAGUUGCUAGACCAAAAUAUUAAAAAUGGGAUAAAAUUAUACAUUUCUCUUCUCAAUUCUUUUCAAAAGGAUUAAUUUUUUUUAAAGCACAUAUAUGCUAUUUUCCAUUAGCAAGACCCAUGAAGAGACUGAGUAGCCCAGCCUUCCUUGAGUCCCAAGAAGGCCCUGGGCCAUGAGUAGGCCCGGCCAGGGGACAGUGCCCAGGGUCAGGGCAGGGAGCCAGCCCACAGUGCAGAACAGAAUGCUGAAACACAACAAAAGGAGGAAGAUGUCUUUGGCUAAAACUUUGGCAUUAAAUAAAAUAGGCAAAUAGGAUGGAAACAUGCAGCCCUGCAGCCAGGCUGGGGCAGGGCGGGCAGGUAUAGGCGACCUUGAAAGCUGGCUCCAAGAGGGG